AUGACAGCUCUUGUUCCUGCAACCCUCUCCUUCCUUCUCCUCUGGACACUGCCAGGGCACGUCCUCCUCAGGGUGGCCUUGGCAAAAGAGGAAGUCAAAUCUGGGACCAAAGGGUCCCAGCCCAUGUCCCCCUCUGAUUUCCUAGACAAGCUUAUGGGGCGAACAUCUGGAUAUGAUGCCAGGAUUCGGCCCAAUUUUAAAGGCCCACCCGUGAAUGUGACCUGCAACAUCUUCAUCAACAGUUUCGGCUCCGUCACUGAGACCACCAUGGACUACCGGGUGAAUGUCUUCUUGCGGCAGCAGUGGAAUGACCCACGUCUGGCGUACCGAGAAUAUCCUGACGACUCUCUGGACCUCGAUCCCUCCAUGCUAGACUCCAUCUGGAAGCCAGACCUGUUCUUUGCCAAUGAGAAGGGGGCCAAUUUUCAUGAGGUGACCACGGACAACAAGUUACUGCGCAUCUUCAAGAAUGGGAAUGUGCUCUACAGUAUCAGGUUGACCCUGAUUUUGUCCUGCCCGAUGGACCUCAAGAACUUCCCCAUGGACAUCCAGACCUGCACGAUGCAGUUGGAGAGCUUUGGCUACACCAUGAAUGACCUCGUGUUUGAGUGGCUGGAAGAUGCUCCUGCUGUCCAAGUGGCUGAGGGGCUGACUCUGCCCCAGUUUAUCUUGCGGGAUGAGAAGGAUCUAGGCUAUUGUACCAAGCACUACAACACAGGGAAAUUCACCUGUAUCGAGGUCAAGUUUCACCUGGAACGGCAGAUGGGCUACUAUCUGAUUCAGAUGUACAUCCCCAGCCUACUCAUUGUCAUCCUGUCCUGGGUCUCCUUCUGGAUCAACAUGGAUGCUGCUCCUGCCCGUGUGGGCCUGGGCAUCACCACCGUGCUCACCAUGACCACCCAGAGCUCUGGCUCCCGGGCCUCUUUGCCUAAGGUGUCGUACGUGAAGGCAAUUGACAUCUGGAUGGCUGUGUGCCUGCUCUUUGUGUUCGCUGCCCUACUGGAGUACGCUGCAGUCAAUUUUGUCUCCCGUCAGCAUAAGGAAUUCAUACGACUUCGAAGAAGGCAGAGGCGCCAACGCAUGGAGGAAGAUAUCAUCCGAGAAAGUCGCUUCUAUUUCCGUGGCUAUGGCUUGGGCCACUGCCUGCAGGCAAGGGAUGGGGGUCCAAUGGAAGGUUCUGGCAUUUAUAGCCCCCAACCUCCAGCCCCUCUUCUAAGGGAGGGAGAAACCAUGAGGAAACUCUACGUGGACCGAGCCAAGAGAAUUGACACCAUCUCCCGGGCUGUCUUCCCUUUCACUUUCCUCAUCUUCAAUAUCUUCUACUGGGUUGUCUAUAAAGUGCUGCAGUCAGAAGAUAUCCACCAGGCACUGUGA